CUUGUACCGGUACACGCUCAAGAUGCUAACGCCAGUCGCCAGUGGCUUUGGAAAGGCCCAUCGCUGGCGACAUGCCAUCUCGCCACGGAACGUUCGUCGGCGCCGACCACGCGCAUCUCCUACCGGAGCCAACGUCCGAGACACAUGUGCACUUCCGAAUCGAUCGAAGCCAUGGCCCCAGUACGGUUCGCCAUACAUGCGUCGCGGGCGCUCGAGGCCACGAGUGCGCUUACGCAUGUGCGCCGACGACAGCACCACAUUAUGAACCGUUCGAUGCUCGAAAUGCUGCCAACCACGAUCAACACGACGGCUGCCUCAAUACGCAACGACACGGGCGGCUCGACGAUCACGAGCGACUCGGUGCCGCUGAGUGCGCCGUUCUGCAACCCCGUGGCCUGUCAGCUCUUGAGCGUCGUUGCUGUUGUCGGCGUAGUCGCGAUCCUCCUCGCCAUGGUCUGGCAAGUCUACCAGCGCCACCUCUUCAAGCGCGAGCGCCUUCGGUUCCAAGAACGCGAGACGGAAUUGCGCACGGCCAUGGAGUACAUUGAGAGCUCUCGGAGCCUCCACUCCAACCGGAGUGGCACGGCGUCCGACCAGAGCUGGGUCGCGUCCGAGCGCAGCUGGGUACCGCCCGCGAAUGCACGACCAUGUGACGACACGGCGAUGCUCGAGCCAUGAAGCUGCGCUUCCAUGUUUUGUGUGCGUGCAAUCUCCGGUUUAGUAUACAAUAAAACAAUGUACAGUCUAGUAACACCGUCCUUUUGACAUGACGAAGGCUUGAACCACUG